AUGCAAAUUUUUGUCAAAACUUUGACUGGUAAGACCAUCACGUUGGAAGUUGAAUCUUCCGACACCAUUGACAAUGUCAAGGCCAAGAUCCAAGACAAGGAAGGUAUCCCACCUGACCAACAGAGACUGAUCUUUGCUGGUAAGCAGCUAGAAGACGGCAGAACUUUGUCCGACUACAAUAUCCAAAAGGAGUCCACUCUGCAUUUGGUCCUAAGAUUGAGAGGUGGUAUCAUUGAACCAUCUUUGAAAGCUUUGGCUUCCAAGUACAACUGUGAGAAGUCCGUUUGCCGUAAGUGUUACGCCAGAUUGCCUCCAAGAGCCACCAACUGUAGAAAGAGAAAGUGUGGCCACACCAACCAAUUGCGUCCAAGAGAGUUAAAACUGAUCUGUUUUUGGUUUUCCCGCAGACUCUGUAUACCAGUUAUCUCAUAUGUAUUGUAUAUUUGUUAA